UCACCAUUUUUAUUAAGCUUUACAUUUAUUUUCAGGCCCUUUCUCUGCAUUUCUCCCUGCAUACAAUCACUUUCUCUCUCUUAGGGUUUAGCAUUCAUGGCGCAGGAGGCACAAGCAGUUUCCGGAGCAGAGAACGGUGCCAAGGCCUCUCCGGUGGUGUUUACGGCGGCGAAACCGUGGCUGGUGGUGGAGGCUCCGAAGGCAAACGACGCCGUGCAGUUCUACAAGGCGGCGUUCGGAGCUGAGGAGUUAAGCCGUGUGAAUGAUCCGAAGAGGAAGGCGGAGCUGGAGCUUCCUCUCAUUCGCUCUGCUGAGCUGAAGAUCGGAUCCUCUGUUUUCGUUGUUUCCGACCUUACCGACGACUCUUCCUCUCCCGUGAAGUCUGCUGUGAGCGGUCUCGUUUUCUGCUUGGAGACCGAAUCCGUGGAAGCUGCCGUGGCAAAGGCGGUGGCCGCCGGUGCUGUUUCCGAAGACGAAUUGACCGAGGGUGAAGGUGCUUGCUGCGGCGGGGUGGUGGGCAAGGUGAAGGACCCAUAUGGCAAUCUCUGGCUAAUCUGCUCGCCUGCAAAGAAAUGCGGCGACGUGGCUGCUUAGAUGCCGUCCACGCUUUCUGAUCUGAGCCGUCCCUCCUUCCACGUGUCCACUUUGGCGAGAUGGGGCGCUCUUUAACUUGUUUAUCAUUUUCUAUUUGAAUUCCUAGUUGACUCAAUUUCACUCGCUUUUUGGUACGAAGAGUGAUGAGGUGUUGCUUGAUGAACAGUAUUUUCGAAGCAUUAGUUGUUUAUCAUCAUAUAUUUAGCACUCA